AGCCACUGGCUGACGCAGCCAAAAAAAAAAAAAAAAAAAACCCGAUGGCCCGCUUAUCCCACACUAGGGGGCGCCUGCUUCUCCGGCCGCCACAGAGCGCUCUGGAUGCCUGAAGCCCGCCCAGCUCGCCGCCUCUGGAAAAGCUCAACACCAUUUCUCCGCCCUUCCCGAGAUUGCCAACGAGGCAGGCCCUGAUGCGCAUGCGCAAACACGUUCGCCACGCUCGGAGCUAAGGCGCAUGCGUCCACUGAAAUUGCCGCCACCCGGUCUACCUUCCAGUUUCCAGUUCCGGCCUCCAAGGGGCGGGCAGAAGCUGGAAACAUGCGGCUGUCGGUCGCUGCAGCCAUCUCCCAUGGCCGCGUAUUUCGCCGUCUGGGCCUCGGUCCGGAGUCCCGCAUCCAUCUGUUGCGGAACUUGCUCACAGGGCUGGUGCGGCACGAACGCAUCGAGGCACCAUGGGCGCGUGUGGACGAGAUGAGGGGCUACGCGGAGAAGCUCAUCGACUAUGGGAAGCUGGGAGACACCAACGAACGAGCCAUGCGCAUGGCUGACUUCUGGCUCACAGAGAAAGACUUGAUCCCAAAGCUGUUUCAAGUUCUGGCCCCUCGAUACAAAGAUCAAAAUGGGGGCUACACAAGAAUGCUGCAGAUCCCAAAUCGGAGUUUGGAUCGGGCGAAAAUGGCAGUGAUCGAGUAUAAAGGGAACUGCCUCCCACCCCUGCCUCUGCCUCGCAGAGACAGCCACCUUACACUCCUAAACCAGCUGCUGCAGGGUUUGCGGCAGGACCUCAGCCAGAGCCAGGAAGCAAGCGACCACAGCUCAAACACCAAGGAUUUAACUGGAUCUGAAGAGUCUGCAGCCCUUAAUCAGUGCCCAUGAUCACAGACCUUUGGAGCGCUUUUACUCUCUGAGAAGAACUGGAGCUAGAGAUGUAAAAUGGACAGCCUUAGUGGGAUUGAGAACCUUCUGGGAGCCAGAUGACCCUCUCUUUGCACAAUAGAUAAAAGUCUUUAUAUGAAUAUAUAUAA